ACAUAAACCUCUAAUUGGCUUCGUCUCAGUCGAAUGAUAACGAGAAAAAAAUAUUUAUGAAGAAAAAAAAUGCAGAUGAAAAUCGCCUAGAAUCGGUCAUAACUAUAAUGAUCGAUUUAGGGUUUACUUAUUAAUAUGGCAACGUCUAUCAAGUGUCAGUUUUGACAUAAACAAGCGACGUUCGUAAACAUACUCAGCAAAAAUGUAAAACUAAAAAUACUUGUAAUUGUUAUCCGUUUCAUUUAUUACUUUACGAAAUCAGUGAAGUUUAUGUUGUGUAUUUAAUUAAAUCAUCCAUAAUGACCACCUUCUUCCAAUAUUGUCAUAUAAACCUCAAAUUUAUUUAGUAACUUAUUUUUUAACACGGAUGUCAUACAUUUUGAACGGUGUUUCUUCGCCAUCGCGCAAUCGGAACAUAUAGCAAAUUUAGUUUUCCUUUAUCAAAUCAUAAUAUCUAGUAGAAUUUACUCAAGGACAUUUAAUUUGCAAAAGAAUAUAAUUCAAUGUAGUAGCGAUAAGGGUGAGGUAGCUCCUAACAUGGAGGACGAAGUCGAGGAAUGUGUUCGAAAGAAAAUACAAUGGGCUAAGCUGCCAGCAAACGUUAAAAAGCUGUUAGGGGAUUCUAGCAAGGAAUAUGAGAAAUAUAUAUUUGAAUUCAGUAUUAAAAAUCAACUCCGGUAUAGAGGAAGUCUUGUGCGGACAGUCCAGAAAGAUGAACGGAAAUACUAUGAGACUCUUGUGCAUAGCAGCAUUCAGAGGCUCAUGCUGUACCCCUACCAUCUGGCCGAUAUGAUUGUCAAAGGUCUGCGGAUAACCCCGUUCAUCUACUACGCGGAGGUGGUGGCGUUGCUGAUCGAGCUGGAGAAGAGCUACGACACCAUGCCCAACUUCACCGCUGCCGAUUGUCUUCGCUUACUAGGCAUAGGCCGCAACGAAUACCUCGAGCUCGUCGCCAAAUCACGUUCUCUCGGCCGUCGCGGACGCUCCAAAGCGAUUAGGGCGUUACUGCCGAGGGUUCCAUUGAAUAUACCUAUGCAGCCGUGGUGGCGGAUCGAGCUGGGCUAUGUGUUGGAAGCCGAUGUUAAGCCGCUCAGCGACCAGGAACGGGAGCUGAUUGACCUGCUGAUCGACCGAGGCUCGCAAACUGCCGGCACGCUCGACUACAACAUCGUUAAGACCUUGUACAGGCGCGGGCUAAUUUACCUGGAUGUCCCGAUCACGGCUGAAGACCGCGUGUCUGUCCCGCCGUUAAAGGGGUUUGUCAUGAACCGCGUCGCUGGCGACUACUUCGAGACGUUACUAUACAAGGUCUUCGUCUCCAUUGACGAACACACUACGGUGGCUGAGCUAGCAGCGGUGUUACAGGUUGAAUGCAGCCUAGUGAAGCAGGCGGUGUCCCUGUACUGCCGCCUGGGCUUCGCUCAGCACCUUCAACCGCCGCGGGUCCCCAACCCGCACCCCUCGUGGCGUACAGCGCUCACACAGCCUUUACACCCACAGUACAGUCAAAUAUCGCCGCUAACAUUUAACCCCAACAUGGAAGAGGAGGUAUUGCAAAUGGAGCCCGUACUUAUGAAGGAACCGUCCACGUCCAAACAGAGCUGUCAAGACAUGAACGACAACUCCACCAACAGUGGCGUCAAGAGGGUGGCGCUUCUCUUCGACUCUACUUUAGCAGCCUACCUCAUGAUGGGAAACCUUUCACCGGAUCUCAAAACACAUGCUGUUACGUUAUUUGAAGUUGGCAAGAUUUGCGAUGAAAGUCUGGAUAGUUUACUUAUGGAAUUAGAUAAGGUGGCAGGGGACCCUGAAAUUGAAGGCGAGGCGGCGCGUUACUUAGCGGCGGCGGCGUGCCUGCGGCGCACGCUGCGCAUCCUGCGGCCGCGCCUGCGCCCGCUCGACCUGCUCCGGUGCGAGGCGCUCCACGCGCUCGGCGCGCCGCAGCGCUCGCGCCUGCUGCAGCACAAGUACAGGCUGGCGGUAUCGACGGCGCCUUUAUGCCGCGAAGCCCGCGCUGGUUUGGCGGCAGGCGCGUUACCCCACGUGGGCCCGGCCCCGCCCGAGGCCUCCACGCCGUGGAUGAGACUGUACCUGUACCACGUUGCCGGCUACGGGCCGCCUACGCUAUUACUGAAGAAAGGCACGGUGGUCCGCAGCGUGCCGCGGUUGCUGCUGGGCUUCUCCCGGCUGGUGGUGGCGUGGUGGGGCGCGGAGGCGGCGCUGGACGGCGCGGGCGGCUCGCCGGGCGCGCUGCCCGCCGCCGCCGCGCUGCAGGCCGCCAACUCGGCGCUGCGCCGCGGGCCCGUGCUGCUGCAGGCGGUUGGAGUUCGGCAACCGGCGAAGCUAAAACAUGUGGUGUUCCCUCCUGAAGCCGACAAAUCUUCGGAGACCAGUGCUUUAUGGGCGCGGCAUGGCGGACUGAGACGGCUAGCGUCUCGGCUACGGCUGUCUCGCUCUGUCGGCUACGUGACACUAGCUGACAUAGGAGUUCCUGAUUUGGGCGCACGCCCUCCCCCUACCGUGCAACUCGUUCCGUCGCGCAAAAUGAAAGAUGUGUGCGGCAUAGCGAAACCCGUAAGCGAGGUGUCGAUAUCGUCGACCGAGUCGGGCGAUAAGUCGGACGACAAGCGGCUGCAGUCGCCGAUCGAGUCGCACUUCGCAGUCACCCCGUCCACGGACAGCAAGACUAGCUCGCCGGCCAAUGGCUUCACCACGGUGGAAGGUGGUCAGCUACUCCGCGAAGAACUCGACAACCUCGCGAUCGGCGACACCACACGAAGCAAGGAGUCCCUUCCUUCAAGCGACGAUCUAGUCACCAUACAUUCCUCCUCCACCAGCAUAGAAGACUUGAAAGACAAAUCCAAAGAAUGGCGAAGCAAGGAGUCUAUCUCAGACGAUAUCCGUCGUUCCUCGAGCGCGGAUUUCAAUUUUGAGAAAGAGAAGCAGUUGAACGAUUUGUUGAGCCCGGCGGAGGAGUCGAUAUCGAUGUUUACGCAGUUGAGCGACAAGUUGACGGAGAUGGCGGAGGGCGAUAGUGGAGUUGACACGGCGCAUACUGACGAUGAGACUUGUAAACCAGAGAAAUGGACUAUACUUGAUCUCCAAUUUGGCAUUCCAUUGUUUGACGAGGUGCUCUGUGAGAAGAUUUGUAACUGUUUAGCUGACCGGAUAGCGGAACCAGAAUUAUUGGAUAAAAUUAAGGAAGAUAAUGAGUUCCUAUGCUCGGAUGUUUUAAAAUUUGUGUCACAAUGCCAAUACUACCCAGGAGAAGACAUGGGCAUAGUAAAGCGAGGUACCCUGGUCCCCUUGCCGCGGAAAAACCUGGCGUUUGAAAACGGCCGCAUCAGCGAGUGGAGCGGGAAAUGACGCCUUCUCGCUCACUUCUGUCGAUUUGUCCAUAACCACGCCGCUGUGCGAAAGAGACCUUCGUGUGUAUUAAGUUUAGAAUGCGUAUUCGAUGUCCGUUCGCCGUGCAGAUGAAUAUAUCGACUGUUUAUUAUGUACUAAGAGCAACAAAUAUAACAGCAUGGGUAGACCUUAUGUCGAUGGAAUAAGGGCUACAAAUGGUCUGUUAACUGUCAUACAUUCACACAGUUAUACAUGAUAUUCACUAAGAUCACCUAUACGGAUAUGGUUAAACUUUUAACUUCAGAAAUCACAAAUUAUAUAUUUUAUUCCUGAUAAACUUAAACGUUAUUCAAAAUUAUAAUACGACAAAAAUAAAUUUGAAACAUAUCACAUAGGUAUAGUUUACCACGAAAUGUGCUCGCCUCAUCGUAAUGCUGACCCGAAAGUCGGUGCUAAUCUUCCGGCGAGACCAUCUGUGGCCACGAUCGCAGCUGUAAGACUCGGCCUUACCACAAAUCUGAAUACAACCAAAAAUACAUUGAUUGAGUAAGAUGCGUAAAAUCGAAGACAAUUUCGUCCUUCGAAUUUGACAGGUAAACAUAUGGCGCAGUACAGCGCCUUCUGUUUUGGAUGUCAAAACAUGGAGCACGUUUUUUUCUUAGACUUUACCUCUAUAUAAUAAUCAAUUAUCUUUGACUCGAUGAACUUCUACCGUGACAUGCGUCACUACUGCUCUUGCGUACUUGUUAGAAAGUGAUGCCACGACAGCAGAUGUUAAAAUCGCUACUGUUUGACCCGCAGUAGGUGAUGUUAGUGUAUAUGACGCGGAUAUUUAUAUUAUUUUAAAGUUUGUUUACUCCUGGCCAUAUUUUGUGUUCACGUAUUAAUAUAUUCGCUAUGUUGUACUAAAUAUAGUAUUGUAAAUGACUGAGUGGUCUGAUGAAGUAACUGUGUACGGGAUGUACAUCUGAGCUGAUAUGAUUCUUGAUGGUUGAUUGUAGCCUUGAUGGAAACACUGAUUUUGGUAUAUGUAUUUAUUGAUAACCAAGGUACAUGAGUACUAGCUAGGAGCACGUAUAAACGUAAACUAAUCCAUAAAUCGAUGUAUGGCGUAAUCGCAAAUACAGCAAUUAUUAUAAAGUCAUUAUAUUUAAUUUUAACGCUGACGCGAGAAAUGUGCGAUGCUUGCAUUGUACAAACUGGGUAGCAUAAGAAUUGAUGUUCUAACUUUUGCGCAUCGUGUCCGCUUUUUAAUUUGCCUAAAGUAAUAUAUACUUUAGUAGUAGUAUCUAAAUUUGAUUUUGCAAUAUAUAUAUUUUUUAAUUCAUACUCAUAAUAUAUUUCUAAAGCGCACGUUGAAUGCUAGAAUAUAAAUAUAAAUAUAGCAAUGACCGUUGGCAUUGAGAAAACAUCGGUUAAAACAAUGUUUUUGUUUUAUUAGAUUUUUAAUGAAUAUGCUAGAAAGUCAAUUAUUAACCGCCAUCUUAUUUUUACAAAGUUCAAGUAUUAAUGUGAUUAAAAGAUUAUUAUUAGAAUAAAAACUAUGUUUUACUCGACAGUUUAGUAAAAUAUUUCCAAUUUCCUGUUAGUGAAAAGAUUUUAGAGACUGUCGUCUAGAAUAUUAUAGAAUGUAGAUAAAAUCCUAGUAUAUACAUGUAGAAAACAGCUUUCCGGUCCAGUCCUUUUGAUAUCGAAAUUGGUAACAAGGUUCGCGAUUAUUAUAUCAUUAUGUUUUCUCCAGAAACUUCUAACCUCGCACAGCUAAACUGUGGAAUGAAUUGUCGCUUGCGGUAUUUUCGGACAGAUACGACCUUCAAACCUUCAAGAAAAGAGCGUAGAGGCCGAUUAAGCUAAGUUGGCAACGAUUUUGAUAGCCCAGUUUGUGCAAUAUAAUUUCAUAGAAGUUUGACGUUUAAAAUAACCCUUGCACUGUCUGAACUGUCAAAAUCACUGCCAACUUAUCUUGGUCUGACUCUACUCCCAUCUUAAAGGCCGGCAACCUUCUCUCUUACCUUUUCUCUGCAGCUGACUGUACCUGCAUGUGAUUGAUUGAAAUUGGGUCGCGAAGAUUAAUAAACAUAAUUUACUGGAAAAACUAUCCACGCAUUUGGAGUUAGUUUUAAACUGUAAUUUGUAGCUUUGUUAUUAUUAAAUGAUAAAUUAAUUCAGCACGCCAAUUUGUUUAUACAAAAUAGAGAUGUUAUAAAUAAGUAGAUGAAAUAGGAAUAAUAGCGAUAUUGAAGAUGGAUGAUCACCAUAGAAAUUUUAGAUCUCCAUAAGCUGUUUUUAUAUUCAGACAUAGCACGUUUACAUUAAAUCCAUAGUUUGGGUCAAUUCAAUACCUUAGUUUAAAAUAUUAUAUUAUAUUUUAUAAAUAAAUAAUAAUUUAUAUUGAAUCUACAGUACUGUACUGUUUGUACGGGUCGACAGAUCUAGGUAAGAAAGUUGUACAUUCUACUCAGUAUGGGUAGGGUAGGGUUCAUAAGGGUAUUACGUGACGUACUGUACUGUACACACCCGAUUCUUACCAGGGGCCCAUUUCUCGAACGGUAUUAGUCUAAUAUUAUUAGUGUGUUGCCAUGGUAACCCAUACGAACUGACAGUUCGUGGACUAAUUAGUCGAAUUCCUUUCGAGAAAUGGGCCCCUGUCAAGUCGUAUGGGUUACCAUGGCAACAGACUAAUAAUAUUAGACUAUACCUGACGCCGCGAAUGAUGAUCCGUAUGACAGUCGCUCCAAAUAACGUUUGGAUAGACCUAAUAUUAAAAAUAAUUGAAGAAAUAGGUUUUAUCGUAUUUUUAUUACUUACUUAAUUAAUCAAUCAAUUUUUCGUGUUAUGGCUCCAUCAAGGUGUUGAUGAUUCUGCCAAUGUCGAGGUUGGAUAAGACACGGCUGCCGGGUCCACACAGAUCGAGCAUACGAGCGGGCGAGGAAAACGCACGCGCCGCUUCGGCUGAGGCACGUCUACACUGGCCGGGUUGUGCGUGAGGAAUAUGCCUCGCACGUACGUGCUCGCUUGCUCGCUCUGUGUGGACCCGCCUAUUAAUACAUUUCAAAAUAAAAUAAAAUGUGUUAAAGUACCAAUAAGUCUAAACACAGUACAUUGACAGUUACUCCGUACAAAAAUGAGCUGUCAUAGGGAUCAUCAUUUGGCGCGUCAAGUAUAAUACCGUUUGAGAAAUAGGCCCCAGUUAUAGUCAUAUUACUGACUGGAGCUUUACCAUAAAAUGUACAUUUAUAAAAUGUUAAUGUAUAUUAAGUUUAUAAUGAGGCAGGAAUUUCAUAAUUUUGUUUUUAUUGGUUACCAAUAUUUUUGUUAUUAAUUUUGUAUUUCAAAAUUAGCUGUAUUAGGUAAACAACGAGUAUAAUAUAAAUAUUUAUCUGAUUAAACUUUUAUAUAAUAAAAUAUGUAUUUUCAAAACUAAAUUAGUCCUAAUUGAUGUAAUUUCUACAGGCGGAAUUCCACCAGUUUGCGGCACAAGCUUUUUUGUACUGAAUGUGCUUGCGCCGCACAGUGCCUCACACUGGUGGAAUCCCGCCUUAAGACUUGUGUUACUUUUGGUUUUAAAUAGGAACUUAUUUGUACGUACGUCUUUACUAUUUCAGUUGGUUUUUAUCAAAGAAGCAAGAGUAAUUUUAUAAAUAUGUACACUCGAGUUCACAAACAUAUCCUAGCUGGCCAAAAAAUAUGUGCAUUACCGUUGCCAGGGAGGUUUUGGGAUUAUACUGAGCAACUUUUACUAUAGGGACCAACCCCGAAAUCGCGAAAAAAAAAUUCUGGCUGUUUCAUACAUUUUAGCUGAUCCCUUUUCUAUGGGAGGGUAUUUUUUUUUAUAAGCCCCAAAACCUCUCUGGCAACGAGAAUGGACAUAUUUUUUGGCCACCGUGUAUACAAUCCAACAUUCCAUAAGUAUAUUUACACGACCUUAUUUCCUGUGGCUUAGAGACGUGUAAUAGUACAUUACGAUACAAGUGUGAAAAGUAGGAAAUCGCAACGAGUGGCGAUAAAUUAAAACACGAAUUGCAAAUACCUUUAAGCACGUGUAUUGUACAACGUUUCAGAGUACAUAUGGCCCUUUAAAGUUUCGAUUUACGCACUGGACUGUAAUGUACUAUUACAGUACAUAUGGUGCUACUUUACCGCACAAGUGCGAAAAUUAGCAUAUUACGUUACUGUGUCGAACAUUUAAAGGGCCAUAUGUUCUGUAAAACGUUGUACGAUACAUGUGCGAAUAGAUAAUUCGUAACUCGUGACGAUUUAAAACACUCCCUUCGGUCGUGUUUUAAUUUAUCGCCACUCGUUUCGAAUUUCCUAUUUUUCGCACUUGUAUCGUAAUGUACUAUUAUUUAUUGGCAGUAAACAAGAAUUUACGAUCAAGUUUUAAUUUUAAACCUGAAGCCGAAGGUGAGUUGGCUUGUAAAUAUGUUUUCGCCUUAGCAACUCGAACAAGCCUACUUUCGUCACUCCAGGGAGUGUGGAAAGAGCGACUUUCCUCACUCCAGGUAGUGAGACAAAGUAGCUUUUUAAUUUAGUGAAGGCCAUGAAUACAGGAAUAAAAACUUUACUUGAUGUUGAAUUUUUUAACCUUUAAUAUGUUCUCACUACUGAGGUGAAAAGUAGUGUGUCACACGAGAGCAAAGUUAUUUUACAUCACGUGUUUUUUAGUCCCUCGCUACGCUCAAGAUUCUAACUUAGAAUACCUCGCUUCGCUCGUGAUUCAAUUAUAGAAUCUUUCGCUUACUUGGGACUCAAAAUCAACACUCGCAAUAAAAACUAACUUUCCUCUCUUGUUGCACAAAUAACUAUUGUGAACUCGACUGUCUAACCUAACCUAAAUUAGGCGACCAAUCAGGGGCCCUUUUCAUUUCCAUUAGUUUUUAAUUUCAUAUUAGAAGAUGUAGUGUUCCGUCCCAAUAAUAGUACAUUACGAUACAAGUGCGAAAAAUAGGAAAUUCGAAACGAGUGGCGAUAAAUUAAAACACGACCGAAGGGAGUGUUUUAAAUCGACACGAGUUGCGAAUUACCUAUUCGCACAUGUAUCGUACAACGUUUACAGUACAUAUGGCCCUUUAAAUGUUCGACACAGUAACGUAAUAUGCUACUUCUCGCACUAGUGCUAUAAAGUAGCCCCAUAUGUACUGUAAAAUAAUAUUAUCAUCUCUUCGCAUUUCUCCAUAAAUAUUGUUUGUAUAAAAAAUACGCAAAAGUUCCACAAGUAAUCGCCAUCUACCCUGGAAAUUAAACUAUAUAGUAAGUCACAGUGUAAUUCGUGUAAAUCUAUUAAAACUAACAUUCAGCUAGUUCAAUACAGCCGAUUUAGUCAGGGUCUUGUUUCAUCGCUUGUUUAUUCCUGAGGCACAUGUGAAAAAUAUUCAUUUAUUGGACUUUGUUGCACAACAUCCACAGUCGUGUACAAUUGUAAAGCCAGCCAUCUGUUUCAGUAGUAGAGCAGUUGGACAGAGAUAACUACUGACUAGAAGUGAGUGAGUGAGUUCUAGUGACAUAGUUGGGUGGCUGCCCUAUAUAUGCAAAUGCAGAAAGCUUGUUUUUGUUUAUAAGUAUUGUAUUAUUUUAGGUGUAAAGUAACCUAAUAAAGUAUGUGUAAAUAAAAGUA